AUAUUAAAUACAGAGCUUGGUUUACUGUCUGACAUCAGGUCGAUACCACCUGGUAGAUCUCUCGGUGCGCCAAAUGGGACGAGACUCGAACCCAGCAGGUCAAUCAUCCACAUGACGCUUCAAUGAAUCCACUUUGAUUAAAUGGACGCUAUUUUCUGCCAAAUAUGACAAUAUCGGUACAUCCUCAAAAGUUUGAAUUGAGGUGGUUGAAAGUUAAAUUGAACACGAACACCCCUGAAGAGAGCGAAUAUUCCCGAGACUGCAGGGUGUUUUUCGCUAUGGUUGAUCGGCACUGUAGAUGACAGUAAGCGCUUCCGCAUCGACCCGUAGCGUGCUGUCAUUGCGGGAGAAUGAAGAACGCAAAAUGUUGCAUAUUAAAUCAAAUACCAAGGAGACAAACACGGAUUAUACAAUGUAUCUAUGUGGUGGGGUUCAUGGACCUGUUUGGGGUGAGCUUGAUCAUUCCCCUGCUGAGUCACCAUGUCAAGGCCCUUGGGGCCAGCCCCACCGUGGCAGGCUUAGUAGGCUCCACAUAUGGGAUCCUACAACUCUUCUCCAGCACUAUAGUUGGCAGCUGGAGUGACGUGGUCGGGAGGCGGUACUCUAUGCUGAUGUGUCUGCUGCUGAGUGCUCUGGGCUACGGCCUGCUGGGGAUGUCCACCAGCAUCGCCCUGUUUCUCCUGGCUAGGAUCCCUGUGGGGCUGUUCAAGCACUCCCUGUCCAUCUGCCGGGCCAUGCUGUCUGAUCUGGUGUCUGCGGCGGAGCGCCCCCUAGUGAUGGGACACUUCAACGUGGCCUCCAGCAUGGGCUUCAUCUUGGGACCCGUGGUGGGGGGCUACCUCACUGAACAUGAUGGAGGCUUCUACACCGCAUCCUUCACCUGUGCCGCCAUCUUCCUCCUCAACGCAGGUCUAGUUUGGCUGCUUCCCUGGAGCGAUGCACUAACCCCACGCACCGAUGCUAACUCCAACAGCAGCGCUAGCAAUGCCAGCUGCCACGACAACGACAACCACUUCACGUCAACACAGCAAAACUGCUCCCAAGUCAACAGCAACAACCAAACGACAGCGCCGGCGGCAGCGAUCACGGGAUCCGUGGCUCCAGAGAAGAAACAGAGGAGCUGGGAUCUGGACUGGGGGGAGGUGUCCCUGCUCCCUUCUGCCUGGCGUCAGCUCUCUUCGGUGGGCUCCAAGAUUAGCAGUGUGGCCUCCUCAGACAUGUGGGACCUUUUCCUGGUGCGUCUGCUCAUGGCCAUGGCCAUAAUGCUGUACUACAGUAACUUCUCCCUGGCCAUGGAGGAGCGCUUCAUGCUGAAGCCCAAAGCCACAGGUUAUCUAAUCAGCUACAGCUCUACGCUGGGAGCCCUAGCCGGGUUCUUGGUGGGACCCAUCAAUAAACUGUACGGUAACAACAUGUCGGCGCUGUUGCUACACUCUUCGUUCCUCACGUGUUGCCUGAUCCUGCUCUACGCCGCAGCGCCCAGUGUCUGGCACGUGUUGUUAAGUUCCACUUUCAUCGCCAUCUCUACAACCAUCGGACGCACCUGCAUCACUGACCUGGUACUGCAGAAAGGGGGCGCUCACACCAGCGGCACACUCAUCGGGGCGGGGCAGUCAGUGACCGCGGUGGGGCGCGUGCUCGCACCCCUACUCUCGGGGCUGGCCCAGGAGUUUAGUCCCUGUGGGCCCCCGAUUCUGGGGGUAGGGCUGGCGUUAGCGGGCGUCGUCCUGCUGUUGGUCAGGGUGCCAAAAUGGGAUGAGAUGGGCAAGAGGAAAGAGGCAUAACUCUGAGUCACUCACAGUGAGAGAGUGAAUGAAUGAGAGAGUGAAUGAAUGAGAGAGUGAAUGAAUGAGAGAGUGAAUGAAUGAGAGAGUGAAUGAAUGAGAGAGGGUCAAAACUACCACAGCACUGGAGACAGAACUGAUGCAGAACUGUUGGGGUUGGUUUUUGUUGACGUGUCAGCCGGGGUUGUUUCAUUGUUUGUUUUUUUAGCCACAACUCCAGCCCUGUUGGUUGGGUCUCGAUGUGAUGACAUCACAGCACCGAUAGGACCCAGGUCAUCAUCAGCAUCGCUCUUCCCCCCCUUUCAGUCCCCCAAACAGACCAGGUCAUCAUCAGCAUGGCUAUUCCCCCCCUUUCAGCCCCCCAAACAGACCAGGUCAUCAUCAGCAUGGCUAUUCCCCCCCUUUCAGUCCCCCAAACAGACCAGGUCAUCAUCAGCAUGGCUAUUCCCCCUUUCAGCCCCCCAAACAGACCAGGUCAUCAUCAGCAUG